AUGGGUUUGGGACCCGGUGUGCGAGUGGACGAACUCGGUCUAGCUAACGCGCAAUCAGCCAUCACGCGUGCACACUUUAACCAGCUUGUUUACACUUACGGAUACGGUCGACAGGUUGUCGUGAACCUGUUGGACGAAAAAGGCUUGGAACGUCCUUUGAAUCGGGCUUAUGCGACUGCCACCACGGAUUUGGAUGAGAACGAAGUGAAAUACGAGAGCUUUGAUUUUCAUCGUGAAUGCGGUUCCAUGCGCUGGGAUCGGUUAACCAUUUUGCUCGAACGUCUGAUCCCCGAACUGGAAAGGGCGAAGUAA